AUGGCGGAAAGCUCCCCGUCUAGGGAUUCGAAGAAGGGGAAGGCUAUAGUUCUCCUGGAGGAGCCUCGAGUAGAAUCUGAUGAGCAAGUGCCCUUCUGUUUAAGGGUAUUAGAAGAGAAAUUGGCAAAGGGAUAUAAGCCCUCGGCCAUUGGAGAGUACGACGACAGUAAGGAGCCGGAGGACCAUCUCCGCAAGUCCCAAAACGCGACGCUAUUGCACCAGUAUAACGACUCUAUUAAGUGCCGAGUGUUUCUGAACACUCUUUUUGGUUCGACACAGAAAUGGUUUGAUGGAUUGCCAAAUGGGUCCAUCACUUGUUUCCAUGAUUUCAAAACUGUCUUCCUGCGUCACUUCACCAGCAGCAGGAAGUACCAAAAAACUGACCAUUGUCUCUUCGCUCUUAAGCAAGGGUCAGCCGAGCCCUUGCAAAGUUAUAUCAAGUGCUUCAACCAGGUGGCUCAGGACGUUCCAUCGGCUACCUCCGAAAUACUGAUGAGCGACUUCUCUCAUGGGCUAGUAGAUGGGGAGUUCUUCCAAGACCUCAUUCGGGACCCCGUAAAAAACUUUGACGAGAUGCUUGGGAAGGCCACUAGCUAUUUUAACGUAGAAGAGGCUCAGACCGCUCGGCGCAAAGCAGACAAAGCACCUACUCCUGCCAAGAAGCCAGAGAAAAGAUUGCCUCAACGAACAACUCAACCUCUUCUGCGUGCUCGGACGCCCGACCACCCUUUGGUCCCGGUCAGGAUCCUCGACCGGUUCCACGUGUGGCAGCUAUUCAAGCCCCAAGGCCUGGGCCAUGGGGAUCGCACUACUGCACUUACCAUUGCUGAACUGGGCUUACCUCCGCCUGAGAUCGUGCCCAGGACUCAGCAAAGGAUACUGAUCAGCCAACAAGCCGGGGUAGGUGCAGGUCAACCUAGCAGACCUCAGCUCGACAAUGCUGGACAAGGGAACAAGCAGUCUGGCCACAACCAGGAGCCUGGGGAAGCCAGAGACGAGGAGAACCGGGGAAAUGCGGUCAUUCACGAGAUAGGCAUGAUCUCAGGAAGACCCAUAGAUGGAGAUUCUGCUCGAGCCAGGAAGUCUCAUGAACGACGCUUGGAGAUACAUGCUGUCGGAUGCAGCCGGGAGCAAGCCAUAGGGCCUAUCAUUAGCUUUGGGCCUCAAGACCUGGAAGGACUAGAGCUCCCACAUGACGAUGCCAUGAUAAUCAAGGCAGUCAUCGCUAACAAUCGUGUAGCCAGAGUUUUCAUGGAUACCGGAAGCUCUGUUAACGUGCUGUUCAAAAGUGCAUUCUAG